UCUGGAAACUUCUACAGGUUUCUCAAUUCAUCAAAAACCAAAUACUAAUACCACCGCCCCCACACAAAUCUUCCUUAGAACAUCAGACACCAGAAGACUCUGAAAUAGAAACAGAGCUAAACCAAGCAAUCGAGCAAUUGUUCCGGUGAAAGUGAAGAAGAGAAAGAGAGAAGAAGUAGGAGGUAUGGGAGUGGACUAUUACAAGAUAUUGGGGGUUGAUAGGAAUGCGAAAGAGGAUGACUUGAAGAAGGCUUAUAGAAAGAUUGCAAUGAAAUGGCACCCUGACAAGAACCCCAAUAACAAGAAGGAGGCUGAAGCCAAGUUCAAGCAAAUAUCAGAAGCCUAUGAUGUUCUCAGUGAUCCACAGAAAAGAGCAAUCUAUGAUCAGUAUGGUGAAGAGGGUUUGAAAGGCGGUGUGCCGCCUCCGGAUGCCAGUGGUCCGGGAGGAGGUCCAUCAUAUUUUUCCACCGGUGAUGGACCCACGACGUUUAGAUUCAGUACACGAAACCCGGAUGACAUUUUCGCAGAGUUUUUCGGGUUUUCAAGCCCAUUUGGAGGCAUGGGAGGUGGUGGUGGUGGUGGAGGUAGAAUGAGAGGGACGAGGUUUUCAAGUGGAAUAUUUGGGGAUGAUAUAUUUGAAUCAUUCGGGGGAGGAGGUGUAGGUGGUGGUGGUGCUAGAGGAGGUGUUUCUCGGAAAGCGCCUCCGAUUGAGAACAGGUUGCCUUGUACACUAGAAGAGCUUUAUAAGGGAACUACCAAGAGGAUGAAGAUAUCUAGAGAGCUACUUGAUGCCAGUGGGAAGACCAUGCCAGUGGAAGAAAUUUUGACCAUUGAAGUAAAGCCUGGCUGGAAGAAAGGUACAAAAAUAACUUUCCAAGAGAAAGGUAAUGAGCAGCCGAAUGUUACCCCAGCAGAUCUCGUCUUCAUCAUUGACGAAAAACCCCACAGCACAUUCACACGAGAUGGGAACGAUCUGGUUGUUAUGCUGAAGGUUUCCUUGGCCGAAGCCUUGACGGGUUACACCGUCCAUCUUACUACUUUGGAUGACAGGAAUUUAACUAUUCCAAUCAACAAUGUGAUUCAUCCAAACUACGAGGAGGUUGUUCCAAGGGAAGGGAUGCCAACCCAGAAAGAUCCAACAAAGAAAGGAAAUCUGAGGAUCAAGUUCAACAUCAAAUUCCCAACUAGGCUGAGCGCGGAGCAGAAGGCUGGAAUCAAGAAACUCUUGGGACCUUGAAGAGAGUAUCACAUCUUUUAAAAGAGGACCAAAUCUGUGAAUAUAUUAUUUAUAUAUAGAUUGCUAAAAUGUAUGAAAUAGAAUGAGGCAUCUUGGGCUGGUUUUUCUUUUCUUCCCAUUUGGUGGAAGCAUUUCAAGUUGAGUUAACAUUGCGAUUUUCACAAUUUCUCAUUUUGUAUUCCUUUGUUGGUA